AUGCACUCCUCAGUCUGCCUUGCUCUCCUCACCUGCCUCUAUGGCACCUCGUUUGCUGCGCCCACCAACGCCGGUAGCUUGACCAAUGGCGCCGAACAUCGUCCUGACGCCAACCCGAGCCUUCCCGUCGUUGUAGACCCCGAGCAAGGUGGUCUUUCCGAUGGUGUAAAGAGGGAUGCCACCAGAAGCUUGCUUGAUGGCCUUAUCCAGGAUGUCCCUAUCGAAGGCGGUGAUGGCGGGCUCGCUGGUGCCGCCAGCCACGUUACCAAGGCUGCCCCUGGGGUCGGCAAGAGAGAAGUCGCUGAUGACGUUGCUGGCAUUGUAACCGGUCUCACCGAGGGCGCUGACAUUGCCGGUGUCACAGACGAAGCUCUUGCCGGACAGAAGAGGGAUGGCACUGUUGGCUCUCCCAAUGGCAUCACGGACAAAGUCCCCAUUGGACAGAACCUUGAUCCCACCGGCAUCGCGGAGAAUCUUCUACACCCAGGAGGCUUUCCGGGAGCUGGCGCUGGUUCUCUUGUCGGUAAACAGAAGCGAGACGGCAUCGGCGGCCUGGGUGAGGGUCUUCCCUUGGGAUCUCCCUUGGGAUCUGCCGGCGGCAUUACCAAGCCCAUCACUGAUAUUGUCGGAAGUCUCCAGUCCCUUGACGGAAACAGCCUUGGUGGUCUCACCCAGUAA